UAUCAAGCAUGCAUCUCCCACAAUCUGCUGCUGUUUGGGUUGCAGUGGAAUAGGAGGUGCGGUGGAAGUGAAGUAGCAGGCGGGGUGGCAGUGGCACAGCAGUUGAAGGCAGGGCGGCACAGGAAAGGAACGCUGCUUUGGAGCGCGGCGUGCGUACCGAAGGGACGCGUUGAUUGACAGUCGGAGGCACGGAGCGCCCCGUGCGGCACACAAACGGAGCACGCUAAUCUCCCGUACUCGUCUUGUCAAAGGCAUCUCUGCCAGAUCAGCCUGGCGCAAAUAAAGGAGGCUUCAUCCAUCCAUUGGACUCGGUAUUUGGAGUCUUCUUGCCGAAUGAACGAUAAAAAGGAACGCGGCAGCUCGGCGACCCUAUUCCAUCCUCUGUACCUGUUCAGUCAUAACCGGUCAGUUUUCUGGGCUAACCUGGCGUCUUAAAGUAUCCUAGAAACGGGAGUGGAUGGACAAAAAGGUCAGGUUGCACUUUAAAAUCUGUGCCAAAAGAAGAUUUUGUCGGUUCCUUUUUUUAAUGGAGUAAAAAGGACUGCGACUUGAUUUCGGGAUCUUUUUGGGGGUUCAUUUUUGUUUGUUUUUUUGUUAAAUUCCACACAAUUGCGAUGCGUUUGUGAGUCAAGUUACACACCCUGGAGCACACCUUUUGAUUCUUUCAAAUUGGAAUAACGGCCAGAUCAGGAGACUCUCGGGAGGAAUUUCGGUGCGUAAUUUGUGCGGUGUGUGCGGUUGUUGAGCCGCAGAAGUAGUUGUGGCUCCCUUCUUUUCUUUUUCUUUUUUUUUUUACAUUAAAUACCCCAAUUUCCAUGGAAUAGGCUUAAGCACAGGUACGGACUUAUUCUCUGUCGCCUGGAACAAACAGGCGGAUCUGAUGCGCAGAUUCUCCGUAGGAUGGUAAAUGACCAAUGGGGAAUCAUGAACAGCUCUUCUGAACUCGAAGAUGGGACUCGGCAUAAAAACCAGACGUUCUGUGAGUGUGUGCCCAGCUCCUCCCAGCUCAAACAUCGCUGGUCAGACUCAGAAACUGCCAGGGAGACCCCGGCCAAGAGGAUGAGCUGCAGCUACCUGCUCUGCACUAUCCUGCUUUUUGUGGCUGUUUUGCUGGCUGUCACUGUAACUGGCACCAUCCUUUUUAUGAAUCACUACCAAGCCCCACCAAUGUCUGAUGGCCUACCCCACAUCUCGACCAAUCAGGAUGAAGCCAAUGCCCUGGUCACCGUUGAGAGAGGCGAUGGCUCUCGUAUCAACAUCUUCAUCGACCCAAACUGUCCCGACUACAACAGUAACUUUUUGCGCCUGGAGGGUGUGCAGACGUCACUGCUCCACUCACUAACCGACCACGACUCUGACCUGAAGUCCGUGAAAGGCCAGGAUCGGGCUCUCCUUGUCAGUCUGGCUGAGGAGGUGGCCAAGCUGUCAGCCCACGCGGGGCAACUGAAAAUGGACUAUGAAUCCUUACGCAGGGGGCAGGGCAGCCUGGGGCAAGACCUCAACACACUGCAGACGGAGCAGGGACGCCUCAUACAGCUGCUGUCAGACAGUCAAAUCAACAUGGUGAAGGUAGUGAACUCAGUGAGUGAUGCUCUUAACGCCAUGCAGAAGGAGAACGUGGGCCUGAAGGCGCGUGUCAAGGCCGACUUGCAGAGGGCACCAGUCAGAGGGGCACGUUUCAAGGGCUGCGCCAAUGGCUCACGUCCCCGUGACUGCGGUGAUCUGUACGCCAGUGGUCAAAGAGAGGACGGCAUCUACUCAGUGUUUCCUGUUCACCACCCCGCAGGCUUCCAGGUCUACUGUGACAUGACCACAGAUGGAGGAGGCUGGACGGUGAUCCAGCGCAGGGAGGAUGGCUCAGUAAACUUCUUCAGAGCCUGGGAGUCCUAUCGUGAGGGAUUUGGCAAGAUCACCGGUGAACAUUGGCUCGGGCUGAAGCAGAUCCAUGCCCUGUCCAUCCAGGGGAACUAUGAGCUACGUAUCGACUUGGAGGACUUUGAAAAUAGCACCGCUUAUGCCCAGUAUGGAACCUUUGGAGUGGGCCUCUUCUCAGUAGACCCUGAUGAUGAUGGAUAUCCUUUGACUGUGGGAGACUAUUCUGGCAAUGCAGGUGACUCUCUGCUGAAGCACAAUGGGAUGAAGUUCACCACCAAAGACCGGGAUAACGACCACUCGGAGAACAACUGCGCCUCCUUCUACCAUGGUGCCUGGUGGUACCGCAACUGCCACACCUCCAACCUUAACGGCCAGUACCUGCGAGGCCAGCACACCUCCUACGCCGAUGGCAUCGAGUGGUCCUCCUGGACUGGCUGGCAGUACUCCCUCAAGUUCUCCGAGAUGAAGAUACGACCUACCCGCGAUCCAGAGAAUAAAUAAGAUAGACGAGGAGAAAGGAGGAAAAAAAAGAAGACGUUUUUUAAAACAUUACAAACCACAAUUUCUGACAGCUAGGUGGAGUUACUUGUCCUGAUAUUGUUUAUUCACUAAAACAUAAAUCCUUUGAGUUUA